CAGCUUAAAUGCAAAAUGCGACUGGCUGAUCAAAUGACCCUGAGCUGAACAGUUUCACCUUGGUGCAAGAGCAGAAAGCCUUUGUAAAACUUGUGCUGCGUGCUUGUGUGAGAGUGAUUAGCAGUUACUGGAGCAACAGGAGCAGUGAGCCACAAACUUUCUUUAGGUGAGCUUGUCCUCUCCGGGGGGCUUCGCAUCACGACACUGAUGGAUUACACGACUUUCGCUGUUACUGUUCGCCAAACUAUCAGUCAACUGUCCAUGUAGAAUGCAUCUUUAGAGACGAGACUCUGAGAGCACAAAUAGAGGCUGAAUUUGAAAACAAAAAACAAAAAAAAACCCAGUGAAAAUAAUAUGGGAAACUCCGGGAGCGUAUGGUGGACUGUGGUGGAGUGCGCUUGCAGGAUCCUUGGUGUUUCUACAGCAACAGUGUUGUGCGCGGUGGGAGUAGAGACAGUCCAACAGGGAGAAUUCAACAGCCUUGGCAUCUACCUGAUAACAUCCUCUGUCGGCAUCAUGAUGUUUGAGUUGGCAUACUUUCUGGAUUCCCUACUGUCCAUGUGUAUUCCCUGUCCUCCAAACUGGCAAGUGUUUGUCUUGUGGGGGAAGAUGGCUCGUGUUGGAGGCUUUCAUAAAUUCCUCUACUACUCCAUCAUGUCAGUGGUCUGCUUCUUGCACCCUGUGUUGGUUUGGCACGCAAUCAUCCCAGGAUCAAUGCUUUUGGUAACAGCAUUUUUCAACUUCAUACUAAGCAAGAAAGCAAAGACCAAGUCUCCCAAGAGUCCACCAGAGAGCAAUGGUGACCAAAGCCGAACAACUGUCUGCGUAACAGAAAGAUCUGGCUCCAACGGCACGUCCUCGUUCUUCCAAGCAGUGACGGGAAGAAAGGGAGGGGAAAUGGCCCUCACAGACCCAGAUCACUGCUUUGAGCCACAGGACAGAGGAGAGAGCGUCCAGGCCAUGCUGGAGCAGGUGCAAACAGUAGCACCUGCGCACACAGAAAGGAGGAAGAGGGGGUGGAAAGAGAUGAUCUGGUUCAGAGAGAGGGAGGAGCCUGUGGAAAGAGAGAUGGAGGAGCUGAAUGAGUCUGAACCAGACACCACCUCAGACACUGCACCUAUGAUCACCGACUGAACAAGUGAUACUCCUUUUUGCAAACUGCGAAGCACGCAUAAUGUAUUCAGACUUGGUGCAAAAGUGGAAAAUAGCCAAACGAUCAUGGUGUUGUUCAUUCCUUUUGCUCUGAUAAUAUGGCUAAGAUACUGAUUGUUGCCAUUUGCAGUAAAUGUACAAAUUUGUUUAUUUUUGCCCUUCAAAAAUGUCCAAAAUAUCACUGCAAAAGCAAUAAUAAAAAAAUAACAAAACCA